ACAGCCACUGGUAACCACGCAUAUGCAUUUCGAGACAAGCUGCAUAUGGGAUGAAGCCCGACUAGAUUCUAAUUGGAAUAUUCGACUGCUUUUAAAAAUGCGAGGAAAAGGGGCAUUUAAAAUCCAAUCCGCCGACAGCGCGGGCGAGCCAGCACCUAUCCAGGGACAUAUGAUGCAGGAAAACAGCCAAACGGAUUCAAGCCAUUUAUGGUCUCAAAUAAGAACAAAUCAAACACUGGAGUGACUUGAGUCAUUCGUCAUCCUUCAGCGUCCCGGUAGAGUGGUUCACCCGCACGUCUCAUGCACUGCAACGCCCGCUGAAGGUGUAGCCACCAAUAAAGUAGACUCCGUCACUUGAAGAUGUUUGCUCUUCAGCAACAAGGGUGGCCACGUUAUACUUCGGGAGUAACCGUUUUUGAAAAGCCACAAUAUAUUUUACGGUGAAGAAGCAUGUUCGGAUCCAACCUGUGGACUAGGGCUACGACAAUGCCAUGUGUCACAGUAUUGUUGUUCGUCUGGUGCCGCAUCUUCGCGUUGCAAACCCGGCCUUUUGUAACAUACCCCCGCAUUCCGAAACUCUGAAACAAACAAACUGACUUAUAGUUCAGCUGUGGGAAGUGGGGGCACACUUGACAAGCUCCCUACGCCAACCGUUACCAAACUGCUCUCAGCUAGCUCAGGGUGGCUAUAUAAAUAAUCGAGCAAUGGUCAAUCCAUCAAUGAAAGAUCCAAAGGGUCCAAAAGCACUCGAAAUUCGAUAAAAUGAAGAUAUCGACAGUUUCUAAUGCCUUUAUUUGGCCAGCCUUGGCUACCCAUGCUCUCGCUGUCCCGUCAGACUUUCAUAAGACACUCACUCGAUACUCCAUUGAUAUACUUGAAGACAAUACACAGCACCUUGAACGCACUAUUGCACAGAUAUCUGACCCAACAAGCUCUCAAUAUGGUCAAUAUUUGUCGAGAGAAGAGGCGUUUGCCUUAAUCGAACCCGUUGAGAGUACCGUCGGUAAAGUGAAAAGAUGGUUACGAGAUUUGCGUAUCCGCAGAUAUGAUGUCGUGCCUUUUGAUACGGAUGUGCUCGACAGCUUGUUCCAGAAUCAAGCCAGAUCUGGAACAGUAGAGCUAGACUGUACCAGUCAAAUGACUCCUGAAUGCCUUCGAAAACUGUACCACAUGGGAGACUACAAAGCAGACCCGAAAAAAAACACUCCUCUCGGAAUAAUAGGCUUCAAUCAAUCAGCUCAAUACAAAGAGCUCGAUAUGUUUCUUCGAAAAUAUGUGCCCGAAGCCGUUGGGACGUCGUUUUCAAUCGAGUCUGUAAAUGGUGGAAAGACUGUUCAGAGCAAUACCAGCCUUUCAGGCGAGGCCAAUACCGAUAUGCAGUACGCCGUCGCUCUCGCUAAAAAUAUCGAUUUUCGGUUUUAUGCCGUCGGUGGAGGUUAUCAAGGCUUUAAUCCUGAUCUUGAUGCCCCAGAUCACUCCCAAGCAAUGGAGCCCUUCUUUGAAAUGGCAAUGUAUUUCGCGUUGCUCCCUAACAAUCGACUUCCGUCAGUUUUAUCUAUUUCCUACGGAGCCAACGAACAGCUUUGGCCCAAGAGUGAGGCGACAAAGAUUUGCAACUUGUUCGGGUUGCUAGCCGUCCGAGGUGUCUCUGUGAUUGUUGCCAGUGGCGAUCAGGGUGCCGGAAUAUCCUGCCAAAGCAACGAUGAGAGUAAAAGAGUCAGAUUUCUGCCUAGCUUUCCAGGAACAUGCCCAUAUGUCACAGCCGUUGGUGCGACGCAGCGUAUCAACCCCGAGGAAGCUCUCGCUUACAGUUCAGGCGGAUUCUCUGAAUAUUGGUCGACUCCCUUUUGGCAGAAAGCUCAAGUUGAGAAGUAUCUAGACAAGCAUGGCGCGGAAUGGAAAGGAUACUACAACCCAGCGGGUAGAGCAGUACCAGAUCUUGCGACACAGGGCGACUGGAAUCACCCGUUUUUCUACCACGGAGAGGAGAUAAUGACUGGAGGAACAAGUGUAUCUGCACCUCAGUUUGCAGCAAUGAUUGCUCUCAUCAACAAUGCUCGUGCACAAAAAGGCAAACCGCCGCUUGGAUUUCUUAACCCAUUGCUUUACUUGGGCGCUCGAGGGGCUUUCGCUGAUAUAAUUAAAGGAAACUCUACGGGAUGUCCUGGAACAUCCUUAGCCGGCUUACCGUCCCCGUUUGUCCCUAAUGCUGGAUGGGCCGCUGUAGAGGGCUGGGAUCCUGUAACUGGUCUUGGGACGCCCCUGUUUGACCAGCUCUUGCGUCUGACAGGCCAUUGA